ACAAAAUAAAUUGCUGCAUGUAGAUGGACAAGAUGAUUCCUUUGUUGGUGUCUGCAGAUAGAAAUGCUGUCCUCAGUUUAUGUCGGUACAACAUCAAAUUAAUGUACAGAGACCAUGGCACAGAGAAUCUGAUUAUUCGAAUUCCCAUCCAUGAAAUAGCAGCAGUCUGUUAUGUGAAUGAUGAUGGCGUACACAUUUUAGCUAUCAAAUAUGGAAACCCCGAGAGAUGUUCACUGUUAGUGCUGUACUGUGACAACCCAGCUCGAGCAGAGCGUGUGUGUUCAGAUGUGGCCCAGUGCUUCCAGCUUAUUUAUACAGAUGCAGUUGUCAAACUUCUGGAAGAUGCCAUCUUUAAAGUAGAAAAUUCAUCCACAGGAUCGCCCACCAUAAAUGACAAUAGUCGGAAAUAUUCAUUGGAGAGCCAGGACAACCCGGGUAUUUCUCAGUCACAUCCGAACCUUGCAGAGCAGAGACAUAGAGACAGUGGGUCGGUACACAGCAUGCACAGUGGUCAUAGUGUUCAAACAGAGCUUCUGAGAUCAUACCUGGAGCAGUUGAGAAGUAAAUUUACUGUGGAUGAGCUGGCAAAAUUCUCCACCCUCCUGAAAAAGAUCAAUGACCCCUCCCCCAAAAAAUCCAGUGAGCUCCAGGCAGUGUUUCAGGAGGUUUAUCAGCUGUAUGGCAAAGAGAGGAAGAAUCUCCUAACUGGUUUGUGCCCUUUCAUAUAUGAGAAGCAUUAUGACAAAUUCCUGGAUUUUCUGAAGAAGCAAGGCAUUGUAAUUCCUGACAAUGGAACAUUAUCGAGUCGCCAUAGUCUACCCCGUAUUUACACACGUUCUGUGAGCGACAUGACCACUAACGACCAGAGUGAUAUAGACAGUGUACUGGAGGGCAUCUCCUCUCAGCUAGCUCAGAUUGACAGCAAUAUUGGUGAUGUCCCGGCAUACCUGUCUUACCCAACAUAACAGAGGAUUGUGUGACAAAAACGACCUCUUGUAACCAGAUAAAGAAACCCCAUUCUACACGUUUGUUUUACCUUGUAUAUAUUACAUGUAAUUUUAACCUGGUGCUGGCAUCAGAGGAUGUUUAUAUUAAGAAGUGUCUACAAUAUUUUUCUGUGUUUUCAAUGUGUUUUGGAAAUAUACCUCCAUCACUCCACCAUUCUUUUGUAAAUUUAUAUUUUUUUAUCCUUUAAAUAGUUAGGAUAAUGUAGUAAUUAAUUUCUCAAACAGAACUAGGAAGAAAUGGGGGGGGGAUUGUGGCUUUCAUGCAUCACUUUGAGAUAAAAUCUUGAAAUGCUUAAUAAUUUGCUUAUUGUGAUUCGUGUUAUUUCACAAGUUUUAUUAUUUUAAGAUGAUUAUGUGAUAAAGUGCUAAGGUUGUGUGCUUUAAAAUAUGCAGAAAUCAUGUUUUUUGUUUUGUGUUCUUGUAUAGUUGUUUACUGAUAUGACUUAAUAUAUAGAGUACAUGUACAUGAAUAUGCUUUUUUCCAUCAAUGACUCAAAAUCAACAUUAUCCACCAAUCCAUCCCUGUUAUGAUGUUAGCACGUAUCAAUACAAAAUGAUCAUAGAGGAUUUCAUUUAUCUAAUCUAUGAUAUGGUUAUGAACUCUAUCUAGUCAAAUUGCUGCCCACAACACUAUCAAAGACAGCAGAUUUACAAUACCCUUGUUUCUUUAUUUGAUAAUAAUGCAGAAACUGAAACGUAUUUUCACAAAAUAAAUAUACCGUAAAUCUGGAAAUUUUUAUGUCAAUUUUAUUUUGCGAAUCUGGGUCAAAAUGCUGUUGAUUAAUUUUUAUGUUUCAAAAUUUUGCGAAUGACCACUACUUUGUUUACAUUUUCUUAUUGUUGAAUUAUUUUUAAGAAAAAUAUUUUUGCGAAUGCAAUGAACUCGCAAAUUUGCUAAAAAUUUAUCUACAGCAAAAUUUUCCAGAUUUACGAUAUAACUUGAUUUGCUUGUUUAUGGAUAUGUUGUGAAAUGAUAGGUCAUUAACUUUUUAGGACUUUGUCAUCUUCUUAAGAGUGAAAUAGUCAAUGCAUUACAAAUCUAUAAAAGGCUCCAUUGCACUGGAUGUUCAAAUAUUAACCUUCUCAUUUAAUGUACAUGUACAAGGGUUAGGGAAAAAUCAAGAAGUAUUACAUUAUAUAUAUUUAUGUUAAAAUUCCUGAUGGGCAUAUCUUUUUUUGUGUUGAACUGUAUUUUUACCUCUAAAUACAUGCAGCAUCUGAUGCACUUUAAAAGGGGGGCAAUGAAAUGUAGGUUUUGGUCGGGAGAUUCUCAUACAUAAUGAUUCAUAUGCACUUAUUUGUACUGAUUAUGCAGAAUAUGCUGAAGUUACAAUGUGCCAUGCAAUUUUAUUCAUAUUUAAGGUAAGAUUAAAAUAAAAUUUUCUCGAAAGCUA